CUUCUUCCUCUACUCAUUUCAUUUAUAUUUCCGAGAUUUCUUCAUUAGCAUUUUCUCUAAAAUCUCGCACAACAACAACAACAACAGAGAGUGAUACGAUUAACUUCGUCGAUUGUCAAUCGUGUGGUGGUUUGUCCGAUCCAAACUGGUGUGGUGUAUUAUCUAUCAUCUUCUUCAGAUCGAGGAGGAGACUUCUUGAUUCAUCUCCAUCAACGUCAACAAAAUGUCUGGAUAUCAAGUUUAUAAUUAUCAUCUUUAUAACAAGCUCGAAGCUGUUAUUGAAAAAAUGCAAACCACAAGUCUAGAGAGUUCCACCAAAAGGGUCGAGAGUUCCACCAAAAGGGUGGUCGACUGUCGUUUGCAUUACCAAAUUCUCGACCGAGCGAAUCUUCCAAGCGAUUUCAAAUUGCCUGAAAUGGAAAAGUUUGACGGGAGUGGAAAUCCCAUUGUGCAUUUGAAAGUGUUUAUCAGAACCAUGGCCCUUCAUCAGAUCAGAGAAGAAGCGAUGAUCGUUCUAUUCCCAAAGUAUCUGUCAAAGUCAGCUCUGAAUUGGUUUUAUCAUCCUGAUGUUGAAACGUUUACCGAUUUUGAAUCCAUUGUAAAAUGUUUCGUGGAUCAAUUCUAUUUCAACAUAGUUGCUGACAAACUCUCAAUGUGUUCGCUGGAAUGCACGAAACAGAAUGAAGACGAAAAGCUUAUUGAUUUCUUCGAUAGGUGGAGGAAGCAAGUCUCGCUGGUGGUAAACAGGCCUGAUCAGAGCAAACUGAUGAAGAUUUUCAGGGGAAAUAUGAUAUAUGAGUGGAUAUUCAAGGACAAAACAUUCUCUAGUUUUAGCGAUUUGAUCUCCAGGGUUAUACGCUUUGAGAAUGGGUGUCACUCCGACAACAACUUGGCCUUGUAAGUUAAUCUUCUUUUUAUGAAUUUCCUCUCUAUUUACUUAUGUUUGAACUUUGGAUUAUUUGAAAGAAAGAAAAAAAAAACAAAUCUUGUGGUGGUUUAGUUGGGCUGUUUUUUUGUACCUUUUGGGUUUGAAUGAGAAACAAUCUU